UUUCAUUCCCUGCAAUCAAAGAGCAAAACGAACGUGUUGGGUAUAUUUGACCAAAUCAGUUUACCAAAUAUCACGAAGACAUCUCUUCUUAGAAAGGAGCUAAAAAUUAUGGCACCAAUUUUACUCAAUGUUGGCAAUGAAAGUACUGAUUAUCUUGAACAUGGACUGGUACAUGUUAAAAACCCUCACUUAGAUUUCAUGGAGGAGGACAUUCUUUAUCACUUUAACCUAGGAACCAAAACUCACAAUUUGCCUGCAAUGUUUGGAGAUAUAAAGUUCGUCUGCGUUGGUGGAAGUGCCAAUAGAAUGAAAGCUUUUGCCCAGUUCAUAUUCAAGGAGCUGGAGUUGAAGGGAGACUGCAAUGAUAUCGAUGACAUCUGUGCUGGGACAGACAGAUACUCCAUGUACAAAGCUGGGCCUGUGCUCUCCAUAAGUCAUGGAAUGGGGGUUCCUUCCAUCUCUAUAAUGAUGCAUGAACUUAUAAAACUUUUGCACCAUGCCAGAUGUCGGGAUGUGACGCUCAUUCGCAUUGGUACUUCAGGUGGUGUGGGUCUUGAGCCUGGAACUGUUGUAAUUACAGACACAGCAGUGGACUCUUUCUUCCAGCCUCAGUUUGAACAGGUGGUGCUGGGCAAAGUAAUUGUCAGAAGCACUCAACUAGAUGAGAACUUGGCUCAGGAGUUACUGCAAUGUGGUAAAGAGAUCCCUAACCUGCCUACUGUUCUUGGAAACACCAUGUGCACCCAUGAUUUUUAUGAAGGUCAGGGGCGUUUAGAUGGAGCAUUGUGCUCAUUCUCUACUGAAGAUAAACUGGAAUACCUGAGAAAAGCACACGAGGCUGGUGUAAGAAACAUUGAAAUGGAAUCCACUGUAUUUGCAGCCAUGUGUCGUGUCUGUGGACUGAAAGCUGCCGUUAUCUGUGUGACCUUGCUGGAUCGAUUUAAAGGUGACCAGAUUUCAACACCACAUGAACUUCUACUUGAAUAUCAACAGCGUCCUCAGUAUCUGGUGUCACAUUUUAUCAAGAAACAUCUUGGGCUUCAUAAUUAAUAUAUAUUUUGCUACAUAACGGAUUGUUUACUUGUUAUUAUUGAUAUUUGUUAUGUACAUAAUUGAGUUUUCUGUAAAUAAUAUAUGUGGAUGUUUAAUAUAUAUAUUCUAUGUUAACUGUGAUAUGUUUCUAUCUGAUGAUAAUGAUUAUACUGUAUGUAUAUUUUUGUUGCAAUAAUAAAUAUUUCUAGAAUGUGGGAUUUAACAAGCUAAAAUGUUUAUAACCAAAUUAAGCAUAAGGAAAAAUACAGUACACAACUAACCCGGCAGUCCUUUUUCACGAUGGUCUCAUUUUAAUGAACCUGUUGCUUAAAUUAACCUAAUGCUACCCACUUAAAUUAUAUGGAAUUGGUCAAGAUUGAUAGUAAACGCAAGUUGAGGGGUUAUAUAGAUUUUAUGAUUCAAAUCCUUUUGUCCUAGAAAUAUUUAUACUGAGGAAAAUCCUGUAUUAUUUGAGGUUUCUCAUAAUUAUAGAUGAACACCCACUGUGCAGUCCAGCUAUGGACAUAGUUAUUUUUCAUUCUAUAAUGCUUAAAAGAAUAGAUUUGGUCAGGAAUCUAAUUAUUCUAAAACUAUAGUCAUUCCACAUGCACUUCAAGGUGUCUGCCAUGGUGCAUAGCAAACAACAUCCAGAUCUUUUACUCCAGAGAAUGUGUUGGUUCAUUCAAUAUGGGAUGAAUAAUCUUACCUCUAUAAAUGAAAAAAAGCCAGCUAAUUAGCAAAUGCCUGGGAGAGUUGUCUAAUGAUUAUCAUACAUUGAGGCCCAAUUUCUCAUACCAUCUGACAUGAAAUACAAUAAAAGCCUCAUAGUUUUCCACACACCUAGUAGGUCAAAUGUAUUACAGCAUAGUUAUAAACUACCCUGUAGUUGCCCUAUUUCUAGGUUUAGUUUAGAAAUGUAACAUAAAAUAAUUUAUUUCAGCUGAUCUCAAAUUUAAGUUGUCAUGACUAAAUUAUAUCUUAUCAGCUCAUUAGGUAGGACUGACCUCUCAUUUACUUGACCAUGUUUGUCCUUAAAAAAUACACACAUAAAACACUACUUUGGAGCAGUCAGUUCUAGUACAUGUAAAACAAACAUCUUGCAACAACCAACACAAGAUACUCUUGCAUGUCUGUUAGGCAAAAUCAGAUUAUAAAAAAGGACAAGCAGUGCGGAGUAGUGAUU